AUGAGUGAUGCAUUGAUUUGUGAAGUGAAAUGGGGUCAAAGUAAUGAUGCAUGCUUCAAUCACAACCUUGAGCGAACGACGUUGAUGUCCAAGGCUUGUGUAAUGGGCCCGGAUUUAGUACACGUUCUGACUCCCAGUCAACAACUAACUAUUUAUUGGUGGUGGGUGGUGCACGCCCUUAUUACAAAACUUCUUAGAAACCUGGCUGUAGACAAUCUUUCAGUCGUACUAAAAUCUUGA